AUGGAUUGCACUCCUGCUCAGAAGGUCAGAUAUGGCACUCAUAUGCUGGCUAAGGAAGCUGAUGAUUGGUGGUUGGAGACGCUUGCUAGGUUGGAGUUUUCAGGUGAGGAAGUCACUUGGAAUGUGUUCCGUAGGGAAUUGUUAAGGAAGUACUAUCCUGAAGAUGUUCGGGGUAAGAAAGAGAUAGAAUUCCUAGAGUUGACGCAAGGGCACAAGUCUGUGACCGAGUAUGCUGCCAAGUUCACUGAGUUGAUUAAGUUCUAUCCUCACUUUGAUGGCGAAGGUGCUGAAUUUUCUAAGUGCAUCAAGUUUCAGAAUGGGUUACGCUCGGAGAUUAAGAAGGCUGUUGGGUACCAAAAUAUCCGUUUGUUUUCUGAUUUGGUUGACAUUUGUAGGAUCUUUGAGGAAGAUAGUAAUGCUCAUCACAAGAUGGUUAGUGAUAGAAGGGGCAAGAAUCAACAAAUCCGUGGUAAACCGUAUGAUGCUGGUAAAGGGAAACAAAGAGUUACUCAUGGUCAGAGGUCUAGUGGGGGAGAUGCUCCUACUAGGAUUGUAUGUUUCAAGUGUGGUCAACCUGGUCAUAAGAGCAAUGCUUGUACUGCUGAUGCGAGGAAGUGUUUCAGAUGUGGUAAGAUGGGACAUGCAAUGUCUGAUUGCAAGCAUAAGGACAUGGUAUGUUUCACGUGUGGCAAAGAGGGACACAUUGGUAGCCAGUGUCCAAAAAAGAAGGCACAAUCUGGUGGAAAGGUGUUUGCUUUAGCUGGGACUCCUACAGCUAGUGGAGACCGACUCAUCAGAGCUGAGUUGUCUGAAUUGAAAAAGCAAUUAGAAGAGUUGCUUGAGAAAAAGUUUGUAAGACCAAGUGUAUUACCGUGGGGAGCUCUUGUGUUGCUAAUUGACGAUGUGCAAGUGCGUGAUAAUCUCACAGUGGAGACGAUGCCGGUGCAAAUUGUGGAUCGCGAGAUGAAGGUUCUAAGAGGCAAGGAGAUUGCAUUGGUGAAAGUUGUUUGGUUAGGAGCUGCUGGAGAAAAAGUAAGAGAGAAGUAG